GCCCGGACCAGGCCCUGCGGGGGGUGCAGCAGGAUGCUCCGCAUGAUACGGGACCUGCUGCAGAGGUGGCAGGGGCGGUUUCUUGCCUUCCAUCUUGCGUCUCCUUUGGAAAAGUCUCCGGGCAGAAGUGAUGCGUUCCUUGCAUUAUUCAUGCUGCCGUGAGCCCAGGAGAUAUAGUUACAGCUGGCAGACCAGCCGCGAGCAACUCGGCUGCUUAACUCGCGCUGCAGGAGGCAGGAGGCAGCUCAGGGGCUGGGGCUGGAGUCCUGCUGCCCCGGGGACAUGCCACGUGGAGUCCCCCAGGAGGCACCGGGGAGCAGCCGGGGCGCCUCAGGCACGAGAGGGCCGCAGCCGGCUGAGGGACAUGGGCACGUGCCCCACUGAAACCGGGCGCAGGUAACUACCCCCCCGCGGCAGGCACCCGGCGCGGGGGCCGUGGGGUCGGGCCGUGCUGGUGGCCGGGCUGCUGUAGAGCUCUUGCCGCUUGGCAGUGGUGGGAGUGCAGGGUCAGGAGCCACCUCGUGCCGGUGCGGGGCAUCGCCGCUGGGCGGGCCUUCCUGGAGACAGGCUGCUGGAGCAGGCGUGAAACCCGGAGCAUGAGCGCCCGCCACCGCCGGCAUGGGUGGCAAGAAAGGGGACCCCAAAAAGGAUGCCGAUGCCAAGGGCAAGGGGGGCAAAGGGAAAGGGAAGGAUGCCAAGAAGGGCAAGAAGGAGGUGCUCAGCGAGUUGGAGGAGCCCUCGGAUGCAGAGGUGGCCAAGACGGAGGAGAGCAAGGAGGCUCAAGCAGUGGAGGAAGAGAAGGAAGAGGAGGAGGCACCAGUGGAGGAGCCCAAAAAGGGGAAAGGGAAGGAGAAGAAGGGGGUGCUCAAGGCAGUGGCAGUGAAGAAGCCAGGCCGGGGGAAGAAGGUACAGCUGGAGCCGGAGGAAGAGGAGGGCGAAAGCAAUGCUGCGCAGAUGAAGAAGAACCUCAAGGGCACCUCCAAGCUGGUGAUGGGGCUGACGGCCGACAACGCCAAGAAGAAGAAAGGAGCCAAGAGCGCAGAGGCCACGGGCCAGUCGAAAGCGGCCACCAAGGCCGCGGCCAGCCCAGCCGUGGAGGAGGACAAGGCGCCACAAGCCAAGGUCAAGCGGAGCCUCCGGAGCACCUCCAAGCUCUUCCUCGGCUUCAAGAAGCUGGGCCUGCGGCAGCCCAAGAAGGGGCAGUUCAAAAACACCUCCCGCUUCUUCUGGGGGCUGCAGAAGCACAGCACGAAGAAGAAGAAGAAGAAGAAGAACAAGGCGGUGCUGAAGUCCACCUCCAACCUCAUGGUGCGCUUCAAGCAGAUCGGGAAGAAGCGGAAGGAGGCGGCGAGCGCCCCGCCGGCGAAACUGUCCUUCCUGCUGCUGCGCCAGGGAGGGCAGUCGGAGGCGGCCGGCGCGUCCCUCUUCCGCCGGCGCCCGGAAAGGAAAUUCAAGCCGCGGGCGCAGGUGCUGAGCAAGGCGGCCGCCGCCACGGGCUGGCUGGCGAGGAAGCUGCUCUCCAAGCGCGGGCGGCUCGUCGGGGGUGGCCGGCCGGCCGACGCGGCCUGGCUCUCCCGCAUCGGCGCGAGGAAGCUCCCGUUCCCCGCGGAAGACGAGAUCCUCAGGCACCGAGCCAACAUGAAGCGGCUCCCCGGCGGCGCGUCCCGGCGGCCGUCCCGGCGGGGUCCCUCGGAGGAGCCGCCGGCGCCGGCGGGAUACUACGGCUGGUCCGAGGAGGGGGCCGGCCCCCUGGGCGCCCGGCGCGGCUACGCCGAGGAGGAGGGCUACGGCGCCGCGCCGGCUCCCCCCUACCCGACCCGCUAUGGCUUCGAGGAGGCGUCGCUGCCCGAUUACGGCGACUACGCCGGCUACGAGGCGGAGGAGGACUACGGCUUUUACGAGGGGGUUUCGGACUACCCGGACGACCCGCUGUCCCAGCGCUGCUGGGAGCCCGAGGAUGAGGAGUCCUACAGGCCCUACGGCGCCUACUCCGCCUCCGACCUCUACGAUCCUUACGGGAGCGACCCGGACUACGCCGAGGAGCCCGCGGGGCCCUUCGGCUACGCGGGGGACGCCUACGGCGCCUUCGGCGGGCCGGCGGCGGGCGAGGGCGGCUACGCGGAGGAAGCCUACCCCGAGCACCGCGUCCACUACAGCGAGGCCGCGUGGCCGCCGCACGCCCAGUCCUCCUGCAACCCCUACGCCGCCGCCCUGGACGACAUCGCCGAGGCCGAGGAGCCCGAGGAGUGGGGGGACGAGGAGGAGGAGGAGGAGGAGGAGGACCGGGAGUACCCCCUCGCCGCGCUCAGCGCCGCCUCCCUCAAGGGCGCGCGGGAGACGCUCUCGGCCCAGCUCUCCCUCCACAGGAAGUUCAGGCUCUUCCCCAGGCCCCAGGUGAAGCUCUUCGGCACGGACCGCCUGGACAUCGCCCUCCCGCCGUCCCCGCACCUGGCCGACGGCGACGAGGACGACUACGACGAGUACGAGCCGCCGGGGCGGCGCGCGGGCGGCCGGCGGGGCGGCGGGCCGGCGGCGCGGGCCUGCGGCAGCCCGCUGGGGCAGUUCCUGCAGCGGUCGCUGUCGCAGCCCCAGCUCGGCCGCGGGCGGCACCGCGGCGGCGGCGGGUCGGAGCCGGCCUCUGGCGCGGGGCCGGCCGAACCCGCUUAUGGACGCUUCGGCGCCGGGCCGGCGGGCGCAGAGAGAGCCGGCUCAGCGCGGCGCGGCGGGGCCUCGCCGCGGGCCUCACCGGGCAGGGACGUCUCCCCGCCGCCGCCGCCGCUGGCAUCGCGCUGCUUCCCCUCCCUCCGCAACCCCUUCGCCAACCCCGGCCGCUCCUCGCCGCCGGCCCUCGACCGCCGCGGCAGCGCCCGGAGCGACGGCCCCCGCGGGCCUCCCUCCCCGGGCGACAGCUUCCGCCGCUUCGCCCUGGCCCCGGCGCCUUCCUCGGCGCCCGCCGUCCCGCCGGCGCGGCGGCCCUCGGCGCGGCGCGGCGGCCCCCCCGGCCCGCCGCUGCCCCACGCCUGGCCCCGGCAGCCCGAGCCGCCCACCAAAGCCGUGAAGCCGCUGAUGCGGACGCCCUUCCUGCAGCCGCUGGGGCGCCCGCCCGGCCCCCCGGCCCCGCCGCCCGCCGCCCCACCGCCUGCCCGCCGCCCGCCGCCCCCCGGCCCGCCCUGGUGCCGGCCGCCCAGCCCCGAGCUGCUGCCGCCCGGCCCCGCUCCCGGCGUCCCCAAAGGCUUCCUCCAGCGCAUCGGGCAGCCCCUGGCCGGCAUGGCCCGGCGCCCUGCCGAAACGGGCGGCCGGAGCCCAUCCCCGGGGAGGCCGGGGCGCUUGGGGCCCGGCCAGUCCCUCGCGUCCCUGCUGACGGCGAGCGCGGCCCCCCCGUCCUCGCCGCCUGCCCGCCGCCGGCCCCUUUCCCCGGCACCCUCCUCGGCGAGGCGCCCGGCCCCGCGGGAUGCAGACGCGCCCGGGUCGCUGAGCCCCACGGCGGGAUGUUGCCUUUGGGCCGACAGCCCGCAGCCCAGGCUCCCGGGCUCCCCAAAAGCUGGACGGAGCCCGGUGCCGCGGGGAAGCGCCGCUUUCCCCAGCCCCCGCGGCUGGGCGCCGGGCUCCUACCGGCGCGGCGUCGGCGCCCCGGAGAUGGCAGAGCUCUAUGAGAGCGAGGCCGUGGCCGGGGAGGACGGCGCGGGGCGCUACGCGGUGGUGACGCCGCAGAUCCAGAGGCUGGGCUCCCUGCGGCGGGCGUCCCGCAUCUACAAGCAGCACUGGUCCAAGCAGCACGUCGUGCGGGUGCAGGAGAUGCCCGACGCCUGGACCACGGAGCAGGGCUACGCCCGGCGCCCCGCCGAGCGCCUCCGCACCCGGGUGAGCCCCCGAGGAGCCGACAUCGCCCGCUACCUGAGCCAGCGCUCGCCCGCCCGCGCCUGGCGGGACAGAAACCCCUGGGCGGACGGGUACCUGGCCGCGAAGCUGCCGUGGCGGAGCAAGAUGCAGUCCCUCUGCAGCCUGCCCAUCGUGCGGUACCAGGAGCAGCAAGAGGAGGACGGGCUGGAGGACAUGACCCAGCUGGAGGACCUCCAGGAAGCCGCCGUGCUGAGCAACAUCCAGACACGGUUUGAGCGUCAGCUCAUCUAUACCUACAUUGGCAGCAUCCUGGUUUCAGUCAAUCCCUACCGGUUGUACAACAUCUACGGGACGGAGCAGGUGCUGCAGUACGAGGGCAGGGCGCUGGGCGAGAACCCGCCGCACCUCUUUGCGAUUGCAAAUGUUGCCUACACUAAAAUGAUGGAUGCCAAACACAACCAGUGUAUCGUCAUCAGUGGGGAGAGCGGCUCGGGGAAGACAGAAGCCACCAAACUGAUCCUGCGCUACCUGGCAGCCGUCAGUCAGAAGCGCAGCACGGCUCAGCAGAUCCUGGAGGCGACCCCCUUGCUGGAAUCCUUCGGCAAUGCCAAAACCGUGAGGAAUGACAAUUCCAGCAGGUUUGGGAAGUUUGUGGAAAUCUUUCUGGAAGACGGCUUGAUCUGUGGUGCCAUAACCUCGCAGUACCUGCUGGAGAAAUCCCGCGUGGUGUUUCAGGCCAAAACUGAGCGCAACUAUCACAUCUUCUAUGAGAUGCUGGCUGGCCUACCUGCCCAGCAGCGGCAGAAAUACUUUCUCCAGGACGCAGAGACCUACUACUACCUGAAUCAGGGUGGGAACUGUGAGAUCCCUGGCAAGGACGAUGCUGAGGAUUUCCGGCGACUGCUCAACACCAUGGAGGUCCUGAGCUUCAGCAUUGAGGAGCAGAACAGCAUCUUCCGCAUCCUGUCUUCCAUCCUCCAUCUGGGCAAUGUCUACUUUGAAAAAUAUGAGACAGACUGCCAGGAAGUCGCGACGGUGGUGAGUGCAACGGAGAUCCAGACGGUGGCUGAGCUGCUGCAGAUCUCCCCUGAGGGCUUGCAGAAAGCCAUCACCUUCAAAGUGACGGAGACACUACGGGAGAAGAUUUUUACCCCCCUCACUGUCGAAAGCGCCGUGGAUGCCAGGGAUGCCAUUGCCAAGAUCCUUUAUUCCCUGCUCUUUGGUUGGCUGACAGACCGCAUCAACAAGCUGGUAUACCCCAGGCAAGAGGCCCUCUCCAUCGCCAUCCUGGAUAUCUACGGGUUUGAGGAUCUCAAUUUCAACAGCUUUGAGCAGUUAUGCAUCAACUACGCCAAUGAGUACCUGCAAUUCUUCUUCAACAAGAUCGUCUUCCAGGAGGAGCAGGAGGAGUACCUCCGUGAGCAGAUCGAGUGGAAGGAAAUCCCCUUCAGUGACAACCAGCCCUGCAUCGACCUCAUCUCCCAAAAGCCCUAUGGCAUCCUCCGCAUCCUUGAUGACCAGAGCUGCUUCCCCCAGGCGACAGACCACACUUUCCUCCAGAAGUGUCACUACCACCAUGGAACGAACCCGCUGUACACCAAGCCAAAGAUGCCACUGCCAGAGUUCACCAUCAAACACUAUGCAGGGAAGGUGACCUACCAGGUGCACAAGUUUUUGGAUAAAAACUAUGACCAAGUGCGGCAGGAUGUUCUGGACUUGUUCAUCAGCAGCAGGACCAAGGUGGUGGCCAACCUCUUCUUCGGACAUGCCCAGGUGCUGGCCCGGCAGAAAAGCCUGGUGGGGAAGAGCAGCACCAGGACACGACGCUACAAGGCUCCCACCGUGGCUGCCAGGUUCCAGCAGUCACUCCUGGAGCUAGUGGAGAAGAUGGAGAGGUGCAACCCCUUCUUCGUGCGCUGCCUCAAACCCAACAACAAGAAGGAGCCAGGACUCUUUGAGGCUGACGUUGUCAGCAGCCAGCUCCGCUACUCGGGCAUCCUGGAGACCAUCCGCAUCCGGAAGGAGGGCUUCCCCAUCCGCAUCCCCUUCCUCGUCUUCAUCGACAGGUACCGCUGCCUCGUCGACAUGUGGUCCAACGUCAUUCCCAAUGGGACCAACUGCGUGGAGAUGCUAAGGAACCUCUGCGCCGUCACCCCCAGCAUGUAUUACGUCGGUGUGAGCAAGCUCUUCCUCAAGGAGCAGCUGUACCAGGCACUGGAGAGCAAGCGGGCUCGUGCCCAUCACCUGGCCGCGCUCACCUUGCAGCGCUACGCUCGCACCUUCUUCAUCAAGAGACGCUUCCGCUCCCUGCGCCGCAAGAUCAUCCUCCUGCAGAGCCGGGCCCGCGGCUACCUCGCCAGGCAGCGGUACCGGCGCAUGAGGCACACGCUCAUCAAAUUUAGGUCGCUGGUGCACAUCUACGUGAACCGCCGGCGGUACCUCAAGAGGAAGGAGGACGCCCGCCGACGGGCAGAGGAGGAGAGGCAGAGGAUGAAGCAAGAGCUGACGAGGAGGGAGGUGGUGGACGUGACGCACCUGGAGAUCCCUGCCGAGCUCCUGGGGCUGCUGGAGGCCGCGGCAGCCGCCGGGCAGGUGAACGCCGGCUGCGUGGUCCUGGUGCCCCCGCCGGCGCUGCAGCCCGACUCCCGGCUCACCCUCCCGCUCGACAUCAAUAACUACCCCAUGGCCAAGUACGUGUGGGGCCAUUUCCAGGAGCCGCUCUUCGGGAUGCUCACGGCCCCGCUGGCCGCCCCGCUGACCCGGCUGGAGGAGGAGCUCUGCAACGAGGCUCUCAGCCUUUUCAAGCUGAUCCUGCGCUUCAUGGGCGACCCGGGGCUGGGCGGCCCGCAAGAGACCCUCUUCGGCAACUACAUCGUGCAGAAGGGGCUGGCGGCGCCGGGCUUGCGGGACGAGAUCCUGGCGCAAGCCGCCAACCAGGUCUGGCGCAACACCAACGUCAACAACGAGGAGCGAGGCUGGCUGCUGCUGGCCACCUGCCUCAGCGCCUUCCCCCCCUCCGCCGCCUUCGACAAGUACCUGCUCAAGUUCGUCUCCGACUACGCCUUUGCCGGCUACAAGCCGGUGUGCCAGCGGAAGCUGAUGCAAGCCAUGGCGCGGUCGCCGCUGGGCACCGCGGCGGCUCGCGCCUACCCGCCCUCGUUGCUGGAGUGGACGGCCAACAGGCGGCAAGCCAGCAUGGCCCUGGAUGUCCACUGCUUCAACGGUGACCGCUUCUCCUGCCCCAUCCAUUCCUGGAGCACCGGCGAGGAUCUGGCAGGGGACAUCCUAAAGCACAGGGGGCUGGCGGAGGGCUGGCGCGGCUGGUCCGUGUCCAUGAAGGAGGGCGCCCAGUGGGCCGAGCUGGCUGGCCACGACUACGUGCUGGACCUCGUCUCCGACCUCGAGCUGCUCCAGGGCUUCCCCAAGCAGAAGUCAUACUUCCUCAUCACCUGGGAGGGAGCGGAGAGCCGCGGCAGCGCCGGCCGGGUGGCGCUGGGACAUGGCUUGGAUCUGGAUGAAGUCCCUCCUCCUCCAGCCGUGAAAGCCCCGACGCUGCCGCGCCUGGCCGCGCCGGCCGCCGAGGCGUACCCGGCUCACGACGCGGACUUUGGCGAGCCACGAACCCAGAAGGGUUUGGACCGCUACCUGGACAGCCUGUUCGACCCGGUGCUCUCCUACGGCAACGGGGAGCUGGAGAAGCCAGCCGCCGUCUCGCAGCGGAUGAAGGGAGGAGGCGGCGUAGGCGUGGGGGCCGGCAGCGGGGACGCCGAGCAUGCCGGACCCACUGAGCCACGCCAGCCGAGGGGUGCAGAGCCGGCCCCGGCCCCCCAGUGCCGGGCAGAUGCCAACCAGCCGCCUGGACCCCCAGGGAGAACGACGGACGGGACGCCGGCCCUGCCGCAGCCCCGGCCCUACGUGCAGAAAGCUGCGCCCGCCGGCCGGCGCUGGCCCGGCGAGCUGGUGCGUCACUCCCGGCUCAACUCGGAGCACUUCCCGCGGCCCACGCAGAACAUCCGCAACAUCAUCCGGCAGUGCCAGCCGGCGGCGCGCGGCCCCGCGCCCGGCAGGAAGGACGGCAGCAAGAUCUUCGGGAAGAAGCUGGACCCCCACGAGGAAGCCAUGCAGAUCCUGAAGGGGCAGCUCUCAGCGCCCGCGGGGCCCAGGGAGGUGGUGGCUGCAGUGAAGCCGGUCGCCAGCGCCGGGUACCAGCAGCGAGCGCCGGCGGGGCGUCCUCUGUCCACCGCCAGGCCCCCAGUCGCCGUGUCCCGGGCGCUGCCGUCCGAGGCACAGCAGGUCCAGACCCAGCUCCACCGGAGCUGCAACGAGGACUUCUACACCUACCGCAACGUGCCGUGGAAAAUAUACAUCCGCAAAGAGGUUUUCUACCCCAAGGACAACUGCAACGACCCGCUGCUGCUGGAUCUCAUCUUCCGGCAGAUCUUCAGCGACACGCUCUCCGACACCUGCGUGCGGCUCAGCCAGGAGGAGCGGCUCCGCAUGAAAGCCCUCUUCGCGGAAAACAAGCUGGAUUCCUUCAGCCCCGUGGCCACCGAGAGUGUCAAGCAGGAGAUCGUCGCCGCGGCCCGGGAUGGCUGCGAGGUGUAUUUCUCGCGCCUCUUCCCCGCCACGGGCAGCGUCGGGACCGGCGUGCAGAUCCUGGCCGUGUCCCACGCCGGCAUCAAGCUGCUGCGGCUGGUGAAAGGCACCAACAUGCCCGGGGAGCAGCUGCGGGUGCUGCGGGGCUACAGCUAUGCCGACGUCCUGUUCGUGACCACCCCGUCCAGGAACAUGCUGGAGUUCAACCUGAGCAGCGAGAAGCUCAUCCUCUUCUCCCCGAAGGCGCCCCAGGUCAAGGCCAUGGUGGACCACUUCAUCACGGAGCUCAGGAAGGACUCCCAGUACGUGGUGGCCGUGAGGAACUACAGCCCAGAGGACAGGGGCCAGCUGAGCUUCCACAAAGGGGACAUCAUCCACCUGCAGCCACUGGAGCACCCUGAUGGAGACCACUACUACGGCUGCGUGGUCCGCAAGAAGGUGAUGUACCUGGAGGAGCUGAAGUCGGGCACCCAGGAUUUUGGCUGGAAGUUCGGGGCCGUCCACGGCAGGUCGGGGCUCUUCCCGGCUGAGUACGUCCAGCCCGUCGCCGCCCCCGACUUCGUCCACUUGCCAGCGGACAGGAGAGAGGAGCCCAGGGACCAGCAGGGCAAGGUGGCAGCCUCGGCGGCCGUGGCUGUGGCCUCCACCGCCAUGGCCUGGGAGCUGGACCGGAAAACAGAGGCGUCCCCUGCCAGCACCAGCUUCGCCGUGGGCCUGGAGGGAGAGGAUGGCGAGCGUCCCGGGGACGGCGCCCCGCCGCACGGGGCCUUCCCCAUGCUGGGCUUUGCCCGGCGGUAUUUCCGGGCGGCGCGGCACGGGCAGACGGACUCCUGCGGACAGCAGGCCAAGUGGGCUGGGGAGCCGCCAGACGGGAUGGAGAUGCUGAAGUUCACCAAGGCCCCCAUCCAGGAGUCACUCAUCAAAUUCACCGACAGCAGCGUCAGCAAACUGGCUGCCGAGGCUUUCCAAGCCGUGAUGAAGUUCAUGGGCGACUUCCCUCUGAGGGGACAGACGGAGCUGGACACCAUCUACACCAUACUCAAGCUGUGCGAAGAGCACGAGGUCCUGCGGGACGAGGUGUAUUGCCAGAUCGUCAAGCAGAUCACGGACAACACCAGCUCCAAGACCGACAGCUGCCAGAAGGGCUGGAGGCUGCUCUACAUCCUCACCGCCUACUACAAGUGCUCCGAGGUGCUCAGGCCCUUUUUCCUGGCCUUCCUGCAGGACGCUGGCCGGCACCCGGGGCUGCCUUUCCAGGGCAUCUCCAAAGCCUGCGAGCAAAACCUGCGGAAAACCCUGCAGUUCGGUGGCCGGAGCCUCUUCCCCAGCAGCAUGGAGCUCAAAGCCAUGGUGGCUGGACGCAGCGCCAAGCGCCAGCUCUUCCUCCUGCCCGGCGGCAUCGAGCGGCACCUCAAGAUCAAGACGUGCUCGGUGGCUCUGGACGUGAUAGAGGAGCUGUGCUCCGAGAUGGGGCUGCAGCGCCCCGAGGCCUUCGACGAGUACAUCAUCUUCGUGGUCACCGACAGAGGGCAGAGCGUCCGGCCCCUGACCCGCAGGGAGUACAUCCUGGACGUGGCCACCGAGACGGAGCGCCUCGACGCCAGCUACAUGUUCUGGUGCCGCCGCGUGGUCUGGAGCCAGCCCCUCAAGUUCGACAACGAGCUCUACGUCACCGUGCACUACAACCAGGUCCUCCCCGACUAUCUCAAGGGGCUCUUCAACGUGCUGCCGCCCGCCAGGUCCGGAGAGCAGCACUUCCAGCAAGCGGCCAAGCUGGCCGCGCUGCAGCACCGCGCCAAGGACGGCCGCUGCCUGCCCACCGCGCGGGAGAUGCAGGACUACGUCCCCCCGCAGCUCUUCCGCCUGCUGAAGGCCCAGUCCUGGCUCCACAUGGUGACCCAGCACACGGAGCAAGCCCAGGCGCUCAGCGCCCACCAGGCCCGGGCACAGUUCCUGGGACUGCUGAGUGCCUACCCCAUGUUCGGCUCCUCCUUCUUCUACAUCCAGAGCUGCAGCAACAACACCAUCGUCUCGCCCUGCAUCCUGGCCGUCAACCAGAACGGCCUCAACUUCCUCAGCAAAGAGACCCACGAGCCCAUCGCGAAGUUCUCCCUGAAGGAGAUCCAGUCGACGCGGACACAGCGGCCGACGGCCGGCUCCAGCUACCCCUACGUGGAGAUCACGCUGGGCGACCUGCUGUCGCGGGGCAUCACCCAGCUGCAGCUGGAGCAGGGCCUGGAGCUGUGCCGCGUGAUCGCCACGCACAUGGAGAGCCUGCUCUGCGCCCGGGAGAAGAGGCUCACGCUGCCGCCCAGCGAGAUCACGCUGCUCUGAGCCCCGCGGCGCCCUCCCGGCCGUCUCGCCGCCGGGCCACGCGCCACCCGCCGCAGGGACCGCGCUCCACGGACGCGACGGGCACCCUGGACAGGCUCC